AUGUCGUCCGAUAACAAAGACCUAAACUCACUGCCAGUAACUGUUCAAAAACUAAUUCCAGUUUCUUACGAUCUCGGAAACCUUACGGUAUUUGAUUCUAAUGUAUUGGACAGGAAUGACUUAGAUUCUUCAAACAGCAAGAGAGAAGAACAUAUUAAAAGUACCACUAGGGACAACGUUCAGCUCCUUAUUGGCCAGAUAUUGUCACUUCCAAUUAAGACCACUACGGAGGGUAAUGCUACGAAUGGUCAAAGCUCUAGUAUUACCUUAAUCAAACUUCCUGAGCCGAUUUCAGAACUACCAAGAGAAAAACCUCUACCAAAACCCAAAGCUCCUACGAAAUGGGAACUAUUUGCAGCCAAAAAGAACAUAAAACCAAAGGCAAAAUCCGGAAAGAUGGUUUUUGACGAUGCAACAGGUGAAUGGGUGCCAAAAUGGGGUUAUAAAGGCAUUAAUAAAAAGCUUGAUGAUCAAUGGUUAGUUGAAGUUGAUGAUAAAAAUAAAGGAACCGAAAAUGAACUUGUUGAUCCAAGAUCUUUAGACAGAGCAGAAAGGAAGAAAUUGAUAAAGAAGCAUCAGUUGCAGCAGAAGAGAAACUUAUAG